AUGGCCAUGCCCAAGGCGCGGCCGCCGUUCAAGAAGCCCCGGCUCCAGAUCCGGGCGACGCCCAAGCAGCGGCCGUCGUCCAAGAUGCUGCCGCCCGAGCUCUGGCUCCAGUUUCAGCAGACGCCCGAGCUCCAGGGACCCGCGCCUGUGACGCCCCCCAGGCGUUCGCGUCGGGAGGACGGCGCGUGGCGGCGUCGCCGCAUCGGCGGGCCGAAGCAGCCAGCAUGUCCGCCGCCUGCGCACCUCCUCAAGUCCCCCACGGAGGCGAAGUGCGACGGCGACGUCAGUGGCCAGGCGCCGGCAUCGGCGGCGCGGACGGCGAGGCGCUCGGCAGUGCCAGUGCGCUUGUGGCACGGCGGGGCGGCGCAGUGGCAGUGCGCCCGUGGCGCCGACGGCGUCGUCAGGCGGGUGUUACACGAGAUCAUCAUGACCAGCGGGGGGCUCGAGGCAAACUACACCGACGGCCCAAUAUACUGCUUCGAGUGCUGGCACCUGCUCCAGGAGGCCAGGCCCGACGUGGAGGGCAUCAUCAUCGGCCCGCCCGAUGCAAAGGUCCCAGAGGCCGACGUCGUCGAGGGCCCGGAAGAUGGCCAUCAGCUCGUCGAAGAGGAGGCCGACGAAGAGGUCUCAGAGGACGACAUCGUGAAAGAUGAGGACCCACAGGACGACCAUCAGCUCGUCAAAGAGGAGGCCGAGGAAGAGGAGUACGCGAUGGAGGCGGAUGCCGCGGCGUGGGAGCUCAUGAAGGACGACAUCGUGAAAGAUGAGGACCCACAGGACGACCAUCAGCUCGUCAAAGAGGAGGCCGAGGAAGAGGAGUACGCGAUGGAGGCGGAUGCCGCGGCGUGGGAGCUCAUGACGGACGACAUCGUGAAAGAUGAGGACCCACAGGACGACCAUCAGCUCGUCAAAGAGGAGGCCGAGGAAGAGGAGUACGCGAUGGAGGCGGAUGCCGCGGCGUGGGAGCUCGACAGCGCGGAGUCGGAGAACCCGCAGGAGGGGCCUCUGGAGGAGCCGCUUGCGGGCAAUCCGCACUGCAAGCAGCGUAGGGGGUGCGUCGGAUGCGCAUCCUCACCAAUGGUGAGGCACGUCUUCAAGUGGGACGGGUGGCACUGGAUCCCAGGCGACGUCUACUGCACCCCGUGCUGGCAGUCCUUCUGCAGGGAUCAUCGGUUCAGUCGCCUCAUGAUGGCGGCGCCGACCGACGGCGACGAGGUCAGGGGCAGCGCGGCCGCGGAUGUCAACGCGUCCGAGGAGGCUCUACGGGGCCAAGACUACAGCGACGGCAGCUUCCGCGGCAAGGCCGUGGACGGCACGACGAUCUACGAAGACGAAGAAGGGCUCCGAGGGGCCAAGUCCACAGCGACGGCAGCUUCCGCGGCGAGGCCGCGGACGGGCAUGACGAUACGAAGAAGACGAAGAAGGACUCCAAGGGGCCCAGACUACAGCGACGGCAGCUUCCGCGGCGAGGCCGUGGACGGCAUGGCGAUGCGAAGAAGACGAAGAAGGGCUCCAAGGGGCCCAGACUACAGCGACGGCAGCUUUCGCGGCGAUGCCGUGGACGGCAUGACGAUACGAAGAAGACGAAGAAGGGCUCCAAGGGGCCCAGACUACAGCGACGGCAGCUUCCGCGGCGAGGCCGUGGACGGGACCGAUCUACGAAGCAAGUUGCACCGCAUGCGGCGCAGGUGA